AGACGUCCUGUCACCUCUCAGUCAUUCAGCUGUUUGUGGGGGUCUGCGUGGUGCAGGAGUGGACGGCUCCACCAAAAUGGAUUCCUCGGCUUUGUGAGGCUCCCGUCUAUAAAUAUACGCCGGAGUGACUGACGCUCACGGACAGCUGCAGCCACUGGCCGGCCAACCCUUACGGAGACCAGCCACAGCGACCGGAGCAGCCGUGUGCACGCUGUCAGUCCGGCUCCGUUGUGAGUAGCGUGCCCACAAAUACCCGACCGGGACGAGGAGACGGAACAAAAUGGCUGCGCAGACCAUAGACCCGGUGGAGCAGCCUCGCAUGUACCAACAGACUCUCCUUCAGGACGGACUUUGUGACCUCUUGGAGAACGACAAGUUCGUGGACUGUGUCCUCCAAAUUCAGGACCAGAAGUUCCCGUGCCACCGCUUGGUUCUGGCCGCCAGCAGCCCCUUCUUCAAGGCCAUGUUCCUGUCCGACCUGGAGGAGAGCAAGAAGCACGAGAUCGUCCUUAAAGACGUGGAGCCGGGCGUAAUGGGGAUGAUCCUGCGCUACCUGUACACCUCGGAGAUUAAUCUGACAGAACAGAACGUCCAGGACAUCUUCAUGGUUGCCAACAUAUACCAGAUCCCCUCCAUCUUCUCGGUAUGUGUGUCCUACCUCCAAGAGAAGCUGGUGCUGGGAAACUGCUUGGCCAUCUUCCGGUUGGGUCUGCUGCUGGAUUGCCCCAGGCUUGCUCUGAUCGCCAGAGACUUCAUCUGCGAGCGCUACAAGGUCAUCAUCAGGGACCAGGACUUCCUGCAGCUGGGCCCGAGCGAGCUGGCCAUCAUCAUCACCUUAGACGCCCUCAACAUUGAACGUGAGGAGCAGGUGUUUGAGUCCCUGAUGGACUGGGUCAGACAUGACGAGACGAACCGAGUCAAGGACCUGCCAGAGCUGCUGCACUGCAUCCGUUUCAGGCUCAUACCUUUGGAUUACUUCAAGGAGAAAGUGGAGCAUCACCAGUACCUGCAGUCCAGCCCGGACAUCAAGAAGGAGCUGGAUCUCGUCAAGGAUGCUCACAGGGGGCUUCUCCCAAAGCCCAGCAAGCACAGCAGUAGCAGGGCGGAGGGGGGAGAAGGAAGUGAGGAGGAGGACGAGGAGGACGAAGGGUACCUGCCGGGUAUACUCAACAACAACCCUCGCUUUGGGAUGUUUGAGCUGGAGCUGAUACUUAUGAUCAGCGACACGGGGACUGUGGCCUAUGACCCAGUGGGAAAUGAAUGCUUUGUGGUCUCCAAGUCAACAGAAAUCCCCAAGAACCACUGCAGCCUGGUGACCAAGGAGAACCAGGUGUUUGUCGUUGGAGGACUUCUCUUCAACGAAGAGAACAAAGACGAGCCAUUCAGCUCCUACUUCCUGCAGUUUGACCCGGUGAGCUCAGAAUGGUUGGGGAUGCCCUCGCAACCCAACCCCCGCUGUCUGUUCGGCCUGACCGAAGAUGAGAACUCCAUCUUUGUUGUCGGAGGAAAGGAACUGAAGGAGGGCGAGCACGCCCUGGACUCAGUCAUCAUCUAUGACAGACAGUCAUUCAAAUGGGGAGAGUCGGACCCUCUGCCGUAUCAAGUGUAUGGCCAUGGGACCGUGUCACACAAAGGUCAAGUCUACGUCAUUGGAGGAAAAUCUGAAAGCAAGAAAUGCUUGAAGAGAGUCUGUGUCUACAACCCCACGAAGUUCGAGUGGAAGGACCUGGCUCCCCUGAAGACGGCCCGCUCCCUGUUUGGCAUCACUGUCCACCAAGACCAGAUCUUCGUGGUGACGGGGGUCACAGACGUGGGCCUCACCAGCUCCGUGGAGGUCUACGACAUCGCCAACAACAAGUGGUCUGAGUUCACAGAGUUCCCUCAGGAGCGCAGCUCCCUCAAUCUGCUCUCCAUGGGAGGUUUCCUGUACGCUGUGGGGGGCUUUGCCAUGGUGCCCAGUGAAACCAGUGAGGAGCCCGUCCCAACAGAGAUGAUGGACAUCUGGAGAUACGAUGAGCCCGACCAGUGCUGGAAUGGGAUUUUGCGAGAGAUCAGCUACGCAGAGGGAUGCACUAUUCUUCCAGUGCGCCUCAAUCCUCUGCGCCUCACCAAGUUAUAACCAAACUGAACUGUUGGCGAUGCCGAGAGGUUAACGGCGUGGAAGUGAACAAGUGAACUAGUUGUGGACAUUGGCCCCAAAUUGGCUUCAGCGUAGAGAAUGUUUGAAUUUGGUUUAACCGCAGAGGAAGAUACACAAAACGACAUCAAUUACAAUCUCACAGCAAAUUAGAGUUUAAAAACAGGCAAAAUGUUGAUUUACAUUGUCUUUACAUCACAUUGUACUUUUGUUUUAUCUUUUUUGUGACAUUAUUUCAUAAAAUUCCUUUCUGCUUUUUGCUUCAUUUAAAGCAGAAAUAAAGGAAACGGUUGAAGGUAUCGCUGUAAGCGGCGCGUCUCACUCUAAGCUGCAGCGACACAGUGCAAAUGGUUUUAUUCAUCCUGUACAAGACACACAGUAUUCACACACAAUGUACAAAUCAGAGACGAGUUAGGAACGUUUAAAUGUAAACAUCGAUUUCCAGUUACAGUACACUCGGUACACCUGAGCACUACACAGUAUUCAACAGAGAAUAACAACUCUCAUGCAUGGUGUCAUUGAACUUAGCUAACUAGAUAAUAGAUCAAUCUCUUUGAGUUUCCUGCCAACGUGUUCACGAUGACAACAUGUUCACAUUCUUAGUUCAGCCUGUUAAUAAGUACGAUACUCCGAGUGCAGCAGAGGCUGAUGAGAAUGUUGUUAGUUGUGCAGUCACUAGUCAGAAAUCUAUUGACUGAAGUUAAUGAAUGUCUGUCAAAUAAAACAAAACAAGCCAUCUUGUUGAUGAUGGAAACUUUGA